AUGGCCACGGAGUUACGGUGUCCGGACUCCAUGCUCUGUCACAAUCAGCAAGUAAACUCUUCCUCGACCCAAAACCCUGAGCCGCAGCAAUCUGGAGACCUAAUCCCGGCCCACGCUGGGGGAAACAGCGACUCCGCGGCCAAGCUGACUCUUCUCAGCGGGCACGCCAAUUCUAGCGUACCGGCUGAGUGGGACUCUCAGGUCUCCGGCGGCGCCACCCUCAACUCAGAAAACAACGGUGGCACUGGCAACUAUGACGCUCCAGCCAGCGAUUCCCUCCUAGGGGACUGCGAAAUCUCCCGGCAGAUCGGGGCGCAGCUUAAGCUCCUGCCAAUGAAUGAUCAGAUCCGGGAGCUGCAGACUAUCAUCCGGGACAAGACAGCCAGUAGAGGGGACUUCAUGUUUUCUGCGGAUCGUUUGAUCAGACUUGUUGUGGAAGAGGGAUUGAAUCAGCUACCAUAUAAAGAAUGCAUGGUGACCACUCCAACAGGGUACAAAUAUGAAGGAGUGAAAUUUGAAAAGGGAAAUUGUGGGGUCAGCAUAAUGAGAAGCGGUGAGGCAAUGGAACAAGGUUUACGAGACUGCUGUCGAUCCAUACGAAUUGGAAAGAUCCUGAUUCAGAGUGAUGAGGAGACACAAAGAGCCAAAGUAUAUUAUGCCAAGUUCCCCCCAGACAUUUACAGAAGAAAAGUCCUUCUGAUGUAUCCAAUUCUCAGUACUGGAAAUACUGUAAUUGAAGCUGUAAAGGUUCUCAUAGAACAUGGAGUUCAACCUAGUGUUAUUAUCCUACUCAGUCUGUUCUCCACUCCUCAUGGUGCCAAAUCAAUCAUUCAAGAGUUUCCAGAGAUCACAAUUUUAACUACUGAAGUUCAUCCUGUUGCACCUACACAUUUCGGACAGAAAUACUUUGGAACAGACUAA